ACGCGUGAUAACUAAUUCUGUUUGGACAUUCCCCUUACGACAUAUACAUUACUAUUUUUGAAUAAAUAAUUAUGUCUCCUAUCUUCACCAUACCAACAUGGACUGAAGAAAAUCGUUAUUUACAUGAUGCUAUUUGUCAAGCACGAGCUUCUGAAGCGUCUGCUAAUUCCUUACAACAGCUACUCCAAUUAAAUAAGGACAAGUUUUUAAAUCUAUUAGAUAAUGAGCCUAGGAACCCUUCAGAUAGAAAUAUACUUAAUUCAAAUAAAGCCUAUAUUAAUCGAACUUCACAUAAUGUUACCAAGGAAUUUGUUACAAAAGCUUUAUUUAUAUCAGAUCAACUAGACAUUAACGAGCAUGUUGCAGCUACACUCUUAAUGCGUGGGACUGCAGAGUUUUCUCGUGUUAGUAGUAAUUCUAUUGACACUGCUGUCCUUCUUUAUCAUGGAGAACGCGGAUAUUUAUUAGCCUGUCUUGAUGUUAUUUUAAAAUCAGCAAAGGAUUCAUCAAUUAGUGAAGAAAUUAGAACUGUAUGCAGCCAAUUCAUUGCUGAAUUAUUAAGAGAACAACUUACUCUCAGCAACGGUACAACUGGUACAUUUGUUUCAAAACUUCUAAUUACUUUGGAAAAUCUCAGUAAAACAAUCGAUGCCAUUAUUAAAACAGGUAGCAUUAGUGGUCAAAUGCCUGAAGCAGGAAGUGGAAAACUAGGAGAAGACAUUUCAGAAUUACGCAUUGAACGAUUAGGUGAUGAGCGUGUAUACAUUGUUCAGAUUUUAUAUCACAUUAUUUCUUUGUUUAAUAUUGAAGCCAAUGAUAAGAUUUCUAUGCUCAAAUUACUUGAAGAAGCAGAAUUGUCCGACACAGCCACAGCCUAUAUGAUCAUUGCUUUACUAUCUGCAUUAUCUAAUAGUAACCAGCCUGAAGAAUCAAUACUUAGUCCUUUAACUUUAAAAUUUAUCGAUGACUUCCAUCAACAUAUUAUGACACAUGGCUCUAAAGUACCUGUAAUUAAAGCUGUAAUUAUUCUUCAAUGGAUUUUAUAUUUAUCUGAUCCUGUUCGUAUCAAUCAAGUUAUUGGUACAGAGCAUACUGGUAGAAGUGAGGCUGAUAUUCAGAAAUUGCUUGAUUUUUGUAUUACAACGGAUGUGUUUAGAUUCAUGAAUGAAUACCUGUUGUAUUUCCAGCAACCCAAUGCAAUGAUUGAUACUGACAGGCAAACAAUAAAACAACCUAAUGGAAAUAAUGAUAGCUCUUCAAAGACAAUUAAUUUAUCUGAUUAUCACAACUUUAAUGCAGAUAUUCGUAAUGAAUUCCAACCAUUUGUUAUUUAUGAAUUAGAAAGAAUGAGUGUUUCAAUUAUUUCUAUUCUAUCCAAUACUUUACAAAAACUUAAAUAUAAGGAAGAGGAUUCAAAAACGAUUGUAGAACAAUCAGCCACAGUGGACAACACUUUAGCAAAUGGUUUAAACGAAGUAAAACAGUGUCAUGAUCUAGAAUACUUUCUCUCAUUCUUAGCAAGUAUAUUUCGUAAUCGUGUUAAUGAGGGUCUUAUCUUCUGGAAUCGUGAGCAAGGAGGUUUGCAUCACUUUGUUCGUUGGUUGCUUGAUAUAAAAGUUCCAGAAACUGUAAAUGCUGCUUUCGAUUUCUUUAGCUCCAUUGCAGUUGGUGAUGUUUGUGCUCUUAACGUAUUUCACUUCUUCAAGUUGGGUAUGGAUCUUGAUCUUGCGUCGAGUCAUAUGUUUUCCUGGGGAAGGACACUUUCUGUACUCCAACAUUAUACACUUAUUUUCAAAAAUAAUUCAGAAUCUGAACAACGAAUUCCUGCGGUUGAAACAGAAUUAAUUUUAAAGUUUCUUGGAAUUUUAAAACAAUGCGUUCAAUACUGUGUGGAGGCUCGUAAAUUCUUCUGGGAAAACGAAACUAUUCGUCUACAGACAAUCUUAUUUGAUCUUCUCAACUGUCCAACAUCCACAACCCUUCGCGCUGCUAUCUUUGAUAUUUUAUCUGCAUUUUGUUCUGAUUGGGGAGGAGGUAUUGAAGGCGUUGGAAGAAGAAUUUCUUACCAAAUGUGGAAAAUCAUGGAAAACAGUGACAUGUUAGUCUCAAAACGUAAAGUACUUCCAGAUAAGUCACAAUCUAUUACUCAACCUGCUGGUAUAUUGCAAGAAUUGGAAUUUGAAAAGAGCAGUCGAGUCUAUACUGAGACCUUAUCUGUUAUUCGUUUAAUUGGUUCCGCUAUACACACUCAAAGUAAACGUGAGGCCUUAUUGCUAGGCUUCCGUGACCCAGAAUCAAGCAUUCCUCUGGACCUUGGCAAGGGCACCAAAAAUCCUGGUGCCAUUCCUUUUAUUUCACUUGUCAUUGAUGAAAUAUUUGUUAAUCUUGGAACUUACAAGUAUAAUUUUGCUGAAGCCCGUUGGGAAUUAACCGAUGCUUGCUUAAUGGUGAUGGAAAACAGUGUGGAAUCAUUAAAUAUUAAGCAAUUUGAAAGUUUAGAAUAUAGACAAACUUUGGAUAAAGAAUUAAAGCCUACUUCAAACAAUUCAUCUAUUGCGUCUACUUUACUUGGGAUUUUAACUCAUCCUGGAUUUCAAGUCAUCAUUCGUAUUCUUUCUGGCGGACGGAUUAUUGAUGAAAUUUUCAAUACAAUUGAAGAGUGUGCAAAGAAGGAAACAAAGGAUGUUGAUAGCAUGCCUUAUCAUAAGAAGUGUCUUCUUCGAUCUUUACGUUUAUUGCUUCGUAUAUUAAAGAUUCAAAAUACUUUUUGCAAUAUUCUUAUACCUUAUAUCGUUGGAUUCUCUAAGAAAAAGACCUCAUCUGAAUUCCAACUUGGAGAAUACGUUUUUGAUCCAUUGCCAUCUGUAGUCCCUCUUGGUCAACUUAUCUUGUUCCAUUCUAAUAUCUUGAAACGAAUUGCUCUAUUAGUAAACUAUGAAGAUCAAGAAGAGGUCUGCUUCCUUAGUACUAAAAUCCUUAGUAUGCUUUGUAGUGUAUCUAAAGAUAGCCACUUUAUUGAUAAUCAAGCCUUAAGUCGUUCUGCGUCUUCUACAUCAUUUUUCGAGUUAGGAGCAAACAUGACUAAAGCCCUGAGUUCUUAUGAUGAAGCACAAGCUAUUAUUUUUGGUAUAAGCGAGCGUUUAAGCAUCAAUAUUCCUGAAGUCACAACAUGUGAUGAUUAUGAAUAUGAUAUCAAUACGAUUCCAUUUUGGCUUGCAGAGGAAACAUUAGGAAACACAUAUAAUUACUCAAAUAACCUUAAGCCUCGUAUUAAUUUAUCGGUGCGCAUUGCUAUAUUAGAUAUGUUGCUAAAAAAUAUUCAACAAUCAUUUUCACCAACACUCACCGAAUUUUUAUUGAGUUAUGAUCUGUCGAACAAGAAUCCACUUAAUAAGAUUCAGGAUACUGAAGCGAAUCAAGCCUCUAUGGUUUGCUUCCAUGCUAUUUUAAAUAUGCUUAGACAAGGGAUUCACAAAAAUUUGAAUGAAGGUGAUGCUAUGGUAGAAGAUAUGGUAGAUUCUGCUGAACCAUUAAUUGAUACUCAUCCUAUUCUGGCCGAAAAGUGUUACGAACUCAUUUAUAGAUUAUGCGCAAAGAAAUCUCUAUCCAUAUCUACUAUGCGUUAUUUACGUAAUCGGGAAAAUUUCUUUUAUAAACAAUUUGAUACCAUGGCGUCUCGAAUUGAACAUAAUAUUCAAACAGAUUACACCUCUUUCCCAGGUGUUAUGAUUUGUGCUGAUGGUGCUCAAUAUAAAACAGAUUUCUUCAAAUUAAGAUCAAAACUCCAUCAAAGGGCUUGGUUACUAAAAUCCAUUGCAUUAGAAUUACAUACGACAGUUGCAAUGAGACAGAAGAGCGAGACUAAUAAAUUAUUAGAGUUACUAUAUGGACGUAAAGAUACAAUGUCUGAAGACGCUAUGGAUGUAACUGAGUCAUCAUCAUCAUCUAAUCUAUUUGCAAAUACGAGUACGCACUUGUAUGAACAGCCUUUGGUAAAAAUGCUUGAAUUAGUGAGUUCAUUAGAAUUUACUUGGGUAGAUGGUCUCUUGGAGCGAAUUAAGACAUCCGAUCUAAAGUAUUUUAGUGACUUGAGCUUUGGACUUUUUGAAAUCGAAAAUGAACAUGGUUGCCAAGUGUAUGAUGUACGCAAAAUUUACAAGGUCUUAAAGGAAAGACGUGAUCAAUGUCAACCCAAUAGUCCAGACUUGGCUAGCAUUGAGCUCGAGAUGGAAUCCAUUUUACUUUAUAUUGUUGCACAAAAUCAUAGCAGAGAAAUAGCAUAUGCUAAACUUCAUUGUUUAAAGGCAUGGAAACAAGUAAUACAAAUCACACUUAUUGAAUGCUUUGAUCUGAUUUUACCGAAAAAUCGUGAAGUGAUUAUCUACGAAUUAUUAACGAUGCUAUUACCAAAAGUCACACAUACUACCGGAUACGACAGUGACAUGCUAAAGAAUAUGAGCGAAAUUAUCGUGACACUGGUAAAUCAAUUGCGCAAGAAUACACCGGUUCAAUCGAUUUCACAACUUCCCAUAGAAAAGUUUCAAACUAUCUUUAAUGGAAUUACAAAUUGUAUCUUUCAAAAGGAGACAACUGUUACUGUUCGAGGGGAUAUGUAUUCAGCUAUAACUAGCUUCCUAUUGUAUAUCCGAAAGCAUGAACGAGACGAGUCUUUCAAGCAAUUUGAACAGUUCAUUAUCAACUUGAUUACUUUAGAUAAUGCUAAACUUUUAAAUAUUAUUUGCAGUGAUGCUGUUGAUGGACUGGAUAUAUGGAAAACUACAGCUUAUAUUGCACUUGAUGCCUUGAAUACUAUGGCGCUUCAUGCAGGCAAUGAUAUUGUACAAUCAUUUAUAAUCGAAAAGAACUUUUUACAAUAUACUAUUGACAUGAUUAGAAGUGAUGAUGCAGCUUUAUCUAAUUUACUUGAACAAACAGAUGCUCCUUUAUUACCUUUAUAUAUUUUUGAAGCUAGAAUGUCUAUACUUCUUCGACUUGCAAUGAAUCCCAAGGGAGCCGAGCUUUUGUAUAAUCAUCGUAUCUUUGAAAUAUUUGGACAAUGCCAAUUUACAAAGGCUCAACAACAUGAUCCAACGCUAAUUGAUAUGGACAUAGAUGCUUGUUCUGAAUUGUCUGAGCGUUAUCAACAAUUGAUUAUGCCAACAUUAAAAUUAAUUGUUGCUAUACUUUGCUCUUAUGACGGAAAGAACGAUCAAGUGUUAUUGAAGACAGAGAGCUGGGCAAGAAGACAACAAUCUACUCUGGUUAAUAUAAUUCGAUAUAAGCAUCGUAGAAUUACAUUGAAUUUAUUAGAACAAUUAAAAUUAGUGACAACUAUUUUAUAUUACAUGAGCUGUCGUAAAGGUUAUUCCGAGGAUUUCAUUAAAAGAGGUAUUAAUCAAUUACACAGUUCCAUGAUACAGCUCGAAAUUCCUGAUAAUUUGGCAAGCACUAUUAUACCAAGUACAAAUCAAGAAAGAAUAUGGAAUAAAACACCUGAUAAUGGUAACGGAUACUCAUCACUCUUAGAAGCAAAAGCAGCUAAAAUUAUUACAUCGAUAAAGUAUAAUUUGGAUGUAUACAAAUCACGCAAAUAAUACAAUAUAUAUAUAUAUAUAUAUAAAAGGAAAUAAUAAUAUUGUAAUAUGUUAAAAAAUAAAUUCAUUUUACUAAAUCAGCAAGCAAUUCUAUAUUGAAUAGAGGGAAUGUAACUAUUAUUCAAAAGGCAAAGUGUGUGAUGCUAUUUAGUGUGUUGUUGUUAUCUUAUUUAUAAUACAUCGUUUCUUAACAUAGAAUGAUUUCUUCCAAGUCCAAAUUAUUGAUAAAGUAGUCUAUUUACAUACAUUUAUUCCCUCUUUCUUUUUUUUUU